AUGUCCCUCCCGAUCAGGAGCCGCACGACGACCAGCCUCUCGCUGGCCUGGUCGAGGCCCAGCAACGUGACCGGCACCUUCAUUGGCUACAGACUUGAGGUGACCAGCCUCUCCUUUCCCGACGCCGCGGCCGACUUUGUGCCCACCAACAGCUCGUACAACCUCUCGACAACCACCCUCGAGCACACGCUCACUGGCCUCCAGCAGUUCGGCCGCUACCGAAUCAAGCUGUACGCCAUCAACGCCAACUCACUUGGCUUCUUCGGAAGACCCGGCGCCUCGGCCAGCCUCGAUACCACCACUCUGCCCGGACGUGAGUCGACCAAUCGCCCCCCGACCCUAUCCCCCCCGUUCUACGCCGCCUGUCUGUCAGUAUGUCUGUCCGUUUGGAUGUCUGCG